GUAUUUUCUAGUUGGCAACGCUAUGUCGUUAUCAUGCUGCCUGGUUAAUUGUUUAUGAUCAGCCGUGUUUAAUUCCGCAGGAUCGAGGAUUAAGAUGCCAAUUUUAAUAAAAGAAGAAUCAUUUAACGGACUAUUUUACGACGCAAUGACUAAAUCCGAUGCAAAUACCGCCAAUGUCAACGCGGAUGGUAAUCGCCAGCCCACCGUAAUUAUCAUAUUCGAAAACAGUGAUGUCAACGCUGCUGUACACCACUUGGCUACCUCUCUGCAGACUCCAUUGUGUCCUCAGGCUGUGGCCACUGUUUUAGUUCAGGAAUCGAUAAGGCCAGAUUUCGAACAAAAGCUUCAGGCACAAUUGAAACCCUUUGCUAAUAAUGAAAUGAAAAAUGAACAAUUUAUUAAGGUCCAAGAGACAAUAAAAAAGAUCAAUGCAAAGGUGAUAACAGUUGCUGGCGGCCCAACGUUGGUAUGUGAUUUUACACAUGAGCAUUUUGGUAAUCAUGUUGCUGGAGUUUGUACUCUUCACACUUUCCGCACCGCCAAGGAAGCAAUUGCUUUGGUCGCAAAAGAAACAUUAACAUUCCCGAAUGUUUCAAUUUGGCAUGAAAAUCAUGCAUAUGCUUACGAACUAAUAGCUGCGUUGAAAUCUCAAAAUUUCUUUAUCAACUGCUUUAAUAUGCCCUUGACUGUUUUGCAAGACCACCAGACCCAGGGAAAAUCUUUUGUCGCCAUGGAAAACAAUUACCACUAUGAGACUUUGUCACACAAUGGCUCACAAAAGAGCAUUGUUUUCCCCAUUGGCAGCAUUUUUGCAAACUGAACAAUGCAGCGGAGAAUCGGUAAGAUGUAACGUACUAGAAGUACCUACUUGAUGCAUUUGUUUUAUUGGUGAUUCUAUGAUAAAUCGGUAUUGGAAGAUUAACCAAUACGUGCCUUAGAUAACGUGUCUUUUUUAUUUGUGUGUUUAAUAUCAAAUAUUGUAAUAAAUUUUUACUGUAUGAAAUUA